AAGGACCACAGCAGUAGCAGGUCUCAGAGCUGUCACGUUCCCGCCCACAGGCGGGCUCGGGUGCUCCUGGAGGGAUCUGCCGGUGGCGGGUGAGGAGCGGAGGGCAGAGUGCGCGGACCGGCAUGGAGGGACUGGUCCUGUUGAAUGCCCUGACCACCCGGCUGCUAUUCGUGCUGCACUCCUUGGUUGGGGUCUGGAGAGUGACCGUGGUGACGAAGGAGCCGAGGUACUGGUUGCUCGCGCUGCUCAACCUCUUGCUCUUUUUGGAGACUGCGCUCACCCUCAAGUUCAAGCGCGGCAGAGGCUACAAAUGGUUUUCACCAGCCAUAUUUUUAUACUUGAUUAGCAUUGUUCCAUCAUUAUGGCUUCUUGAAACGCACCAUGAGACCCAGAAUUGCAUUAGCCAAUCUGAAGGAAUGUCACAGAAUACCAGCAGCAAACAAGACUUCAAUCAAACUCUGAUAUCAAGUGAACAAACCCACGGAAGGGGUGAUCUCAUUGAGAUGGCCAGAGUUUUUGUAAAUAAUUUAUCCACAACAUGUGAGAAAAGUUGGACUUUGGGACUCCAUCAGACAUUCUUGUUGAUGCUAAUAAUUGGAAGAUGGCUUCUACCUAUUGGAGGCGUGAUCACUCGGGACCAACUCUCUGAACUUCUCCUUAUGUUUGUGGGGACAGCUGCUGACAUAUUGGAGUUCACAAGUGAGACUUUGGGAGAAAAAAAUGUGAGAAAUAACUUUACCCUAGUCUGUGCCAUCCUUUUUACAUGGACUUGGAGCAUGUUGCAGUUUCCACUUGACCUGGCGGUACAGCAGGUCGCGUGCCCGGCGUCUGUGACAGCGAGGGGAUUCCGAAGCCUAUUCUUUUGCCAAUACGGUGCCGAUCUAUGGAACAUUGGAAUCAGUGUCUUCAUACAGGACGGGCCUUUCCUUGUCCUGCGCCUCAUACUGAUGACCUAUUUCAAAGUGAUCAACCAGAUGCUGGUGUUCUUUGCUGUGAAGAAUUUCCUUGUGGUUGUGUUACACCUCUACCGCUUCGUUGUGUUGGCGAUGGAUGUCCGUGCCUCCUUGCGAAGUCAGCCAGAAGUCCCAAGAGGAGGGUACAGCCCUCCAGCUGAACCAGCUGUGAGUGGGGUGUCACCUGAGGCCUGGGAGAGUGGUUCUAAGGAGGGCGUGGCUAUACCUUUGCGGGCCUCGCCAGUCACCUCUGAUGACUCUUUCCCCACACCAUAGUUAUUUAUUGACAGCAGCAUGCAACUAGAACAUUUGAUUUUCUGGUUCUUACAAACAGAAUCUCCCUCCCUCUCUCUUUUUUUUUUUAAGCAUUGGCAUGUAAUAAUUUGCAAAAGAACAACAUAAAAAGUGACCUUAAACCUGUCAAAAUAUAUAAAUGGAGUCCCUCUAAAAUGGAGCCGGAGCUGCCAUGCCAGGCGAACUGCCUUGCAUGUCUUAUGCCUCAGACCUUGGAAAGUUAAAACAGGGCAAAACAACCUUUGGACUGGGCCUAAAGCAGCCUGUAUCCCAAAGAACUGUUCUCAAGGAUAACAAGGAAGCAGAUGUGAUGACUUUAUGGCUAACGGACUGAAAAUUAAAAAUGCUGUUUAGAAUUUGCGUCACUGAGUUAUGUUAUCUGCAGCAAUAGAAAUGUCUUCGUUCUAUUGAUGUAAUUGUUCUCCUUCCUUUUCUCAUAAAUACCCUAUGCCUUUGUCUCCUAAUCAGAGCACUAUUUGGGCUUCCACCUAAAUCAGGACAUACCAAAUAGCUAUUCUUAUUGAUCUCAAAUAAAUGCAUGCUGCCUCUCACUUUGAAAGGCCUUUUAUUUUUAGGUUAUCAAAUCAAAGCUGAGGAAUUUUCUUUUUUUUAACUGAAUGGAAAGAACUUUGAUUAGUGGCUGUUGCUACAACUUCUGUGUGAUGGUAUCAAAUGCAACAGUUGUUCAACGACUAAGUGAUUUGUUUGUCUUGAACUGUCUGAAAAGCUAUGGAAAGGGUUACAAUGACAUGCCCUCCGAGAUUUAGUGCAGAUACGGCUGUUACCUGAAAACAGAGACGCUUUGAACUUUGGCUCCAUUGUCAGUCUAUUUCAUCUGAUCUUUUCUGCAAUGUCUCUCUCACAUAAAAUAAUGUACAUUCAGUAAAAGCAGGGCGAAUAAAGGGAAAUGUACCUUUAAAAUUACCUCACUGUGGACUACAAGCAGUGACACUCACUGCCCAGUUUCCAUAGCAUUGAGGGCUCUCUUCAUUGCUGCACAGACCUUCCCAGGAAAAUCAUUUUUCUGGGCUGGUGUGGUAUUCUGUCAUGGCGCAUAUGCUCUUACAGAAAUUUUACUGCUUUUGGCUUGAGCACUGCAAAAUUCACAGCAAGCCAUUUCAGUUACAGAUCUACUGGUUGCAAGGCAGGAAAUACUGGUAAUACUAACAAAGUCCCAAUUUCCACUCUGAAUGUGAUUUGCGGCAUUUGUCAGUAUUUUUCUUAACUCCACCGUUCUGUAUAUUGCCAAGGCGAAGUAUGUGGGUUGAAGCAAACAAGCCCUGAAGCAGUCAAUCACAGUGUUUCAGACCCUUUAAGUGUUACCAUAGUUUCUGGUGUGUGCUGGCAGUCACUGUAGCUGCUCUGAACGCCCAUACUAUAGACGGUCUCAGGGAAGAUAUCGGUGAUGGACGUUUGCUUCAGUUCCCUACGCACAGCUACGUAACUGGCCUUGAUUAGUGACCAGGGUUAGAAUAUGGCACAACAUUGUGGAAACCAGGAAAUUUACUUUUCUUCCCUGUAGUAAGAGUUCAUGUCCUCAGUAUUGAAAUGUCAUACUUUUCCUUUAUACACCACUGUAUUUUCCAGAUGGAGGUGACUCAGAACCUUUAAAAUGAUUUUUUGCUUUUAAAGAUAUAGUGUGAAAAUGUACCUGGCUCUAUCACAGUAUUUAUAUGAGGCAAACAGCCCAAAACUAUUCUUUCUGGGCUCAGAGCAUGGUUACUCCCUGUUGUUAUGCUCAGGAACUCAAAGGGACAUUAAAGAUAAGGCAGGGUAUGACCUUAAAUUGGGUGUGACUUAUUGACAACUAAUUGGGAAAAUUUUAUCUAUAAAUCUGUGUGACAUGAUAUCUGUUCAAAAUAUUUGAACAGGUUCAUAGGUAAAUUCUGUUUUUAUACAGAGAAAUUAAUAAUUUCCAAUUAAUGGCUUCUUCAGUGUCUGAUAGCAUGUGUUUCUAUUUCUUUUCUUCCUUGUGUUUCUAAUUUUUAACAAUAUGAUAAUUGUAAAAUUACACAUGAAACUGAUGGAAUACAUUUACUAUUUUUCUUAAUAAUUUUAUGAAAGACCAGAAAAUUAUAUUUAUAUAGAGUAAAAAACUUGACAAUUUUUAAGGGCAUGUUCAUGUUAUUUAAAAUGCUUAGCAAUUGAAAGCAAAAUAAUAACUGCUAUUUAUAAAAAAAAAACAACAACAACACAAAAACGCCUCAGCAAACUAUGUUUUUAUGUUGACUGUUUUAUGGUGAAUGUUUUCCUCCACAACAUGUAUGUGAUACUUAUUACUGCAGAUUUGCUCAUGGCAUACUUUUCAUGUUUCAAUUUUUUUCUUCCAGCAAAACAAACAGUGGGCCUCUAAAAAUAGAUAAGUACAAAGUAGUAUGGCUGUUACAAGGAUAUUUUUAAAUGCUUUUAAAAUCUGAGACUUGUCUUGGCUUUGAAUGAGUUUCUAGUGUUUAUGUAAAGUAUUCUGUAAUUAGUACUCCUCCGAAGGAUAGAAAGUCUAGAGUCUAGCUUCACUUCGAGUGCUAGGAAGGCAAAGAGUGCCCAGGACCAUCUCAGCAAUUAAUGGUGGCAAAAAUAGGCACACUGCAAUGUUUUCCAGGAAAAUCAGCCAAGGGCAGCAUUUGUUAACCUAAUUGCCAGUAUUCCCACUCUUCUGGACUUACUGUUUUUAUUGUGGGAAGAAAAAUCUAUAUUCAUUUAGUUUUUAAAAAUAAAACCUAAGUCCAGGUUGUAUCCCUAGAAACCUGAUGAAAAGUUAAAAAUUUAUUCAGUUAUUGUAUGUUUUUAUUGUAGAUUGCUAAACAUUGCAAUGUUUGAAAACAUCCAAGUGUUUGCUAUAAAAUGGCUAGAACAGAAGUUACCUUCCAUAUGUUGACAUCCUGGGACUUGCUUGCAUUUUAUCUGUAAUAAGAUAACUGGCUCAGAUCACCUGUAUAAUGUGAUGCUGACCAUACAUCCGGACCACCCCUUCAGACACACGCCCAAACCCAACCACUUAAGAAAGUGGCUUACUUUUUAUUUUGUUUUUUAAUUGCUUGAUUAAAACUCAAUCAAAUAUCCUUCAUAAAAACAUAUCAUUUCACUUGUGGGAAAACACAAUGUACAUGUUUUAAUGGUGCUAUAUAAAAACAUACCUCAUAACCAUCUUGCACGUUUUUCUUUACCCUUACUAGAUGAGUCUCAGAGGAUAUGACUUGAUAUGGCAAGAUUAGUAAACUGUCUUCCUCUUGGAUUGUUUUGCCAAUUUUUACGUAAACUGGAACAGAUAACAUAUAAAAAUAAAAAUAUGCAUUGGCAAUACUAUUCUUACUAAUCUUUCAUAAUGACGGUUGUUAUACAAAUUUAUCAGUUGGCUCUGUUGUAGUUCCAAUAGUUUGUAUCAGUCCUUCAGGACUUAUAAGACCAGAAAGAUAUGGCUAAGAAAUAUCAGAAUCCACUAUUAGAAUGUUAAUUAUUAACUUGUAAUUUAAUAGAAACUUUUUAAAGCCUUGGGAAGGCAUGAGGUAGGUGCACAUGCUUUAGGUUUCAGAGUUCCCCAUUGACUCUUAUUAUCUUUGACAUUUAAUCUCAAUGACAAUUAAUCAACACUCCUGUUAAAAGGGAGAAAGAAUUGCAAGAGGCCAAGUCUCUGUCCACCUUCACUCUACUCUAGUGCCAGGAAAGUGAGAUGCUGAAAUAUUGCAGAGCCUCAGAAAUGUAAGUGAAAAAAACAAACAAUCUUGAAUUGUGAGAAGAGACUCUGGGGUUAAACAAGGCAGCUGGAGGAUGUUUAUAGCUCGGAGGCUUUAAAUAACUUUUCAUAUGAUAGGAGUAACUCUAAACAAUGUUUGAAUAAUCAACUGCUAAAGCCUUA